GGGCGCGCCGCGUCCCAGCAAGCGAGCGAACGCAGCGGCUUCUUUCUGUGGUAGAGAAGCGAGGUGUUGUUAGUGAUUGCUGAUCUGUGGUGGACACGGCUGGAGAAAUCGUAUUGAGAUGGGGUUCAGGCUGCUUUUAGGAGUUGCCUGGUUAUGCGCGGUGUUGCCGGCUGGCUUGGUCGUCAGGACUUGUCGGGUAACUUUGUGACCGAGUGCCGGGAUCGGUACUUCUGGAUGUCAACCAAUGGCAAGUUUGCCGGCGGUAACUUUCGCUUUGACGUCAUCGAUAGAAGCGGGGUUUACCCGCUGAAUGACAGCUACGCAGCGGCGUGCGGGUUUACGUAUUCCUUCAACCUUCCCGGAGACUUGAUCUUCAGAGCGUCGUUCUUGGCCUGUCACGUGGAGAGCGUGAAUGACUUCUCCUAUGCGCUCCAGUACCGCUUUGUGAGACUGGACUCUCUGGGCAGAGAGACGGUCUACCCCUUCUCCCUGUCCUGCAGCACGGAGAGCCCCUGGAACCCCCGUGAGAUCGUCUGUGAGGAUAACUACAUGGAGGUGUCUGUUAGGAUGAAUGUCCCGGUCAUCGCUCAGGAAGGACUGGAGAAGGAGGACUGGGAAGCGGCUCUCUCCAUAGCCCAGGGAGCGGUGAUGUCCGAGUGGCAGGUGGUGUUCCACCAGACCGGGAUGCCCCCCAAAACCAUGACCGCCGAGGACGCCCGUACUGCAGGAUACCUCGUCAACUCCACGUCCAGCCGCAUCAUCUUCAGGUCGCCCUACGGCAUGCCCAUGUCCGAGGUGCUCCUGGUGUCGGGGAUCCCUGUGGAAGCCAUCAGAGGCACUGUGUUCUACAAGCAGAGGUGGAUGCUGCUAUUGGUGGACACUUCAGCUGCCUGCGCCAAGAACCCCUCUGUUUUCGAUGGCACCUACUUGAGCUGGGUCACCCCGAGGCUCAUCACCCCGCUGGUCCUGCAUCCCACCAAGUUCCUGGAUAAACGGAUCACGAUGGGGGUGGAGGGGAGGGCCCUGGAUGAGGUCGCUGCUACCAGCAGGGGGUACCAGCUGCUAGUCAACCGCACUGCAGUGGAAAUCCGUGUUCCCUUUGGAGCUGUGGGGGGGUAUCGCAAGAGUCAUGUGAUUGAUAACAAGUACAACCAGGUGUAUGAGAUUGACCUUUUCCUGGAGCACCAAUGGGCUGACGACCUGUGGGAGGUGACCCAGCACCGCUCCUUCAAGCCAGCCCGCUCCCCCUACCUCCCUGAGACCCCUUAUGUGGUGAACAACACCGUCCCGAGUGAGAAGGGCUUCACAGUGACCCUUGGUAACUUCAAGCCGGACGUUGAGCUGAAGAACCUGACCCUCAACAGGGUUCCUCUGACCCUUCCCGAGGCCCAGAACAGAGGCGUGAAGAUCAAUGAGGUCCAGCACCCCAACGGCACCAAGGACUUCGUCCUGAAGGUCCCCUUCGACAACCCGCUGGUCUCUGUAGAGUACAUUGGGGCUCUCAUCAGGAGGUACACCUUGAACAUCAACUACACCUUGAACAUUGUCCCCCAGAAUGAGCCGUAUUUUCACCCGGCUGCUAUUGUGUGCGAUGUGAAGGAUGUUGGUGUAUUUCCAUUGCAUGGCUGUGGUUUGUGAUCCCAACCUGGAGGAUACCUGCAAUAAGACUUGUGUGCCUGGAGCCCAGAGAUCUGCCCGUAGUGUGGAUCGAUACAGCCAGAUCAGAGGCUACGUUUCUGCCGGGCCGGUCCAAUUGGUACCAGAAGGACAAGUCCUGGACCUUCAAACAGCAGGUGACUCCCCCUUGGUUCCGGCGCUGGGCGUGGCGUCCGCUCUCCUCGGAGUUCUGCUCGUCAUUCUUGUUGCUGUCGGAUUCAGGAGAUGUUAAUCUUGCUGUCUACCCCAAUAAAGAUUUUUGCAUCUCGA